CAAGAUUGUCCCUCGGCGGUCGCCAUGCGGUUACCCGGCGCGUUGCCGUGGAGACGGACUGGGGGGGAUGGAGUGGGCUGAGGUGGGCUGAAGCCACGCGGCCUCGUCGCCCCCGAGGCUUGCUUGUCGGCCCCUGGUGCGAUCGCGAUCGCGGGGACCGAUCACCUGGUGAACCAGGGGCGUGAUUUCUGCGAAGGCCCAACAAGCCAUCCCGGAUUCUUCCUGGAUCGCGACCGGGGGUCGUUGCCAUGGAAACCAGAGCGCUAGGCCGGCAAGGGUGGCGGUGGCCCUCGCAUCGUGACUGUAGUGAUAUCUCCUCGAGACCUUCUCCUAAGACUCGGCGCCGCGCCCGCUUCCCUUCCUCCCCCGCCAGCCCUCCUGCGGACGAGAGUUUUGCACGCCGAACUAUGCUGCCCUCGCGCCCUGCCUCCUUCUGAGCUACCACCACCUCUGCCACAUCCACCUCCGCCGCCUGGAUGACCGCAGCCUCGUGCGCCUUCCCCGUGCAGCCGCUGCGCCCGCCCUCGCUCUGCGGCUUCUCGCAGAUCACCAGGAGUCUGUACAUCAGCAACGGCGCGGCCGCCAACAACAAACUGCUGCUGGCCAGCCAUCACAUCACCACGGUCAUCAACGUGUCGCUGGAGAUCAUGAACGUUUUCUACGAAAACAUCGAGUACCUGCACGUGCCCGUGGCCGACGCGCCCAGCUCCCACCUCUGCGGCUUCUUCGACCCCGUGGCCGACCACAUCCACCGCGUGGAGCUGAAGCAAGGCCGCACGCUGCUGCACUGCGCCGCGGGCGUGAGCCGUUCGGCAGCCCUGUGCCUCGCCUACCUCAUGAAGUACCACGCCAUGUCCCUGCUGGACGCCCACUCAUGGGCCAAAUCGUGCCGGCCCAUCAUCCGGCCCAACGUGGGCUUCUGGGAGCAGCUCAUCCACUACGAGCUGCAGCUGUUCGGCAAGAACACGGUGCACAUGGUCAGCUCCCCGAUGGGCAUGAUCCCGGACGUCUACGAGAAGGAGAUGCGGUUCAUGAUCCCGCUCUGAGCGCCCCCUUGACCCCGACUCCCGGGCUCCAGGUGGGCACAUCAAGAGGG